AAAUGACAAUAACUAUACUAUUUUUUCGAUCUUCCCCGAUUGAGUUCUUCUUGUAAUAGUAAAAUAAAGCUUCUUAAAAAAAAAACUGUAGUGAAAUAGUCAAAAUUGGGAAAAAUCGUUGAACUGUAUACCAAAAACCUUGUUCUUGAAAAACCCCCUUAAUAUCUCCAUGUUAAUAUUCAUAGGACGAUAGAUGAGUAUAGGUACUUAUUACGUGUAACGUGUAACUGAUUACGAUUACUGGUAUUAUUUUAUGUUCAAGGUACUUUCAGGAGGACUGCGGCUUUUUAAAAUGUCUGCAAAACAGAAAUUCGAAGUUUUAUUUAUUUUGGGUGGUCCUGGCGCGGGUAAGGGAACAUUGUGCAGGUACAUCACUAAAAAAUAUGGUUAUGUCCAUUUGUCAGCUGGAGAUCUGUUAAGAGAGGAACGUAUGAAGCCGAAUUCAAAGUACGGAGAACUUAUCGAAAAUUAUAUUAAAGAUGGAAAAAUUGUGCCAGUCGCAAUUACUUGCAGUCUUCUAGAUAAUGCUAUGCAGACCAGCAAUAGUCCGCAUAAAAGGUUCCUGAUUGAUGGUUUUCCAAGAAACCAGGACAAUGUUGAUGGUUGGAAUAAGGCAAUGUCAGAAAAAUGUGUAAUAAAAGGGGUAUUGUUCUGUGAAUGUAGUAAAGAAGUAUGUACCCAGAGAUGUUUAAAUCGUGGUGCAGAAGGAAGUGGAAGGUCUGAUGAUAAUGAGGAAGUUUUAGUCAAAAGACACGAAACUUACAUCACAAAUACAUUACCUAUAAUUGAGUAUUUUGAGAAGCAAAACUUUGUAUACAAAAUUAAUAGUAUGCAAUCACCAGAUAAAGUAUUCGAAGAUGCUAAAGAGGUUUUAUCUAAAAUUGGAUGGUUAUGAAUUAGUAGGGAAUGUUAAUUGAUCUCAGUGAGAUCAAGUUAUAAUCCAUUUGCAUUUAAUGUUAUUUCAUAAAAGAAAAAAAAUGUACAUAUAUAUAUAUGUGUAUUGUAAGAAAAUUUAAUUCAUACUAGUGCAAUAUAUUAUAUUUAUACUGUCUUUAAUUACAUG